UCUCGCUGUUUAUCCGUCUGUAAAAUGAUCGCGCGCGCAUAUCUGAUCGUAGGAUGUACCUGGAGGAUGGAGCUGAACUCGACGAUGUCAUUCGGAUAUAAAUAGGUUAACCUCGUGGACAGAAAAUAUACAGACAUUAAGCUUCUUAAACUGACGCUUUUUUAUUGUUAUUCUGAUAAGCAAAUAUCAUCAUGGAUCUGUCAUUUAUGGCUGCGCAGAUCCCUGUGAUGACAGGAGCUUUCAUGGACUCAUCACCUCAUGAUGACUACAGCACAGAUCACUCUCUCUUCAACUCCUCGGCUAGUGUUCACGCCGCUGCACUGGCAGCUCACAACCAACAGGAGGAGCAGCAGCCCAUGUCCUGGGAUGCCAUCUGGCUUUGGAUCGCCAUCACCGCCACCAUCGGAAAUAUCAUAGUGGUGGGCGUGGUCUAUGCCUUCACGUUCUGACCUGUGAAAUGAACUUGAGCUUGGGAGAUAUUCUGCUUUGAGUCCCCCAAGUGAAGGGCCCCUGGGGCCCACAUAAGAUAAACCGUGUGUGCUGUCUUUCCAGGAAACAGAUGAAUAAAGUGUUAGUUGAUUGUUUAUUUUUUAUGCAGAAUGGUAUCUAGAAGCUCCAGAAAUUAUUUUUGUUUCAUUGCGAUUUUCACGUUAAAAAAAAAUUAAAUGAUAAAUGUGAACCACUGAUUUCAUUUUUGCUGAGUGACAAAUACUGCCAGACUUUUGCCAAAUAUUUUGUAAGUGGUUUUGCUUUUAGUAUGUAAUGACAUAUGCUGUUAUUAAGCUUUAAAUGUUUAGAGGGCUAACACUACUCUCUUAAAGUCAUCCAACUACAUUUUUAGAGCCAUAAUCAAGAAGUUGAAAUGAAUUCCAUAUUCCAAUUUGAGAAAUUGUUAAAUUAUUUUGGGAAAAUGCUAAAGCAGGUAACCCACCUUUGGUCAACAGAGAUUUCUAUUUUUAAGUGAACCUUCUUCCUAAGGUCAUAUUAUAAUAGCACUUAGAAUCUAACUAUUUAAAAAAAAAAAAAAAAACUUUACAUGGGAUUUUUCUAGACAUUGUAGCCAAAAUUAUUUAAUUUGGUAUAGUUUUAUUUUUUCAUUUAAUUUAAUUUUGAUUUAUUUUAUUUUGAUCCCAGGAAACUUCUGUUUGGAGACAGUCUCUUAUCUUAACCCUCUACAUCAUAAAAACAGAAAUUGCAGCUUAUAAAAUUUUCAUUUUAACAUAUACACCCGAACAUGAUUUUAAUUAGAAAUCUGCAAACCAAUAAAUUAUUUCAUACUGAUAAAUUGUUACAUCCCCAUAGUUGUGGAUGCAUCUGUAGCUUGUUUUUGGUAGAGGUUAAAGCUUUGCUUUUAAUGAGCUCAGCAUAAAAGAUGGAGGUUGCUAAGGCAACUGUUUCAUUCUCUCUGGAAGAAAGAGGCUGUUGCUUCAUAUCCCACCAUCACACACCUGCUUCAUCUGUCUACUGCCUGCUGGCACAAAGCAACUGUCCAAACAAACACACAUAGGAAUAAACGUAUCUCAUACACAACUACAAACAGACUAAUCGGCACCAGGAGAUUGAAUGUUUUGUCUGCUAAAAUCCGUCUACGCUUUCCAAAUUUCGGAACUUCCCCCAGCCGCCGAAGCUGGAACUACAGUUGCGUGCAUGCUCACCUUUGCAAUUGCAUUAUUUUAUUUAAUUCUUUGAAUGAAGGUGUCCAUUUGAGUAGUAAUUACUUAAAUGUACUCCAAACCUUUACCCUAAACCUACCCCUAAAGGCACGGUUACACAUACCUUUGCACUGUGAAAUUUCACAGUCGAAGACGGCAUGGGCGGAGGUUGAGAAACUGUGACUCAAGCAAAAGUAUAAAAAAAGUAUAAAAGUUAAAAAGAAACCCACAGCUGAAAUGAUAUCCUUGUAUAUUGUGACUCUUCUGUAGCUGUGCAUGAAGCACCACCCCCACAGUGGUAACUACAAACCAAGCAACUUCUCAUUGGUCAAUGCGGUGAAAUUCGGCUGUCAAAGUUCACCAAUCUUGAACUCCAUGCGAAAUUCUUCACAACUUGAAGUCUGUUGCGUGGAAUUCACAAUCGUGCAGAUUCCCAUUGAGAUGACUGUAUUUCGGCCAUGAAUGGUAAUGUCCUUUAUUACGUUUUUUUUAUGAAUGCCUUAAACUACAUAUGGAAAGUAUAUGACUGGACCUACAAUCCCAAGGCCAACUUUCUGGGGAAUCUGGUUGACUAAUGAAAUAUUGCCGAUUAAGUUUAUAACCUCCGAAAUUUGAACCUCAAUUUGGAAAAGAUUCUAAUCAAUUCUAGAAUUCUAAUUCUAGUAACUUAUGGGAAACUGUUUCCCCAACAGUCAAUUGUUUUUACCAGACUGAAUCUUCAAAUCUACAUACAGGUCUUUACUAAAAAAGUGGGUUUAAAACAAUAGUUAAUACGAGUCAAUGUUUUAAAACUGUUUUAAAACCAGUCUGGUCAACUUCAGCAUAUUCAAUUAAAAGCUGGAAGGACAAAGCACGAUGAUACGAUGAUGAGUCAUUAUAUUCAUGACAGGACACCAUUGAGGCUGUGACAGUCACUGUAUGUAUUCGUUCAAUGGAGCCUCAUUCCACCUUCAACCUUAUUUAUUAGGUUGACCUAUCUGAACAGUUUUUAGCUAUGGCUUAAUUGGAUGAGAUGGACUGGGACCAAACCACAUUAUUCAUUAAUCUUCUUAUCUGCAAUGGAUUGCACUAGGAUGUGGAGUUGAAUACUGUAUUAUGCUAAACAGGCACAUGGCUUUGACUUUAUAAAUGAUUUUGAUUAAUGGACUUACAGUUCACACAUGUGAGAGUAUAAAAAUGCUUCACAGAUGUAACAAUGAAGAUUAAUGAAGAGCUGAUUGUUAAUUAUGGCAUAUCAUCUAAUUUAAAUGUACAAGCAAUUCAGAUGUCAUUCAAAAUGAAUUCUAGUAAUGGAGUAAAUAACAAUUUACUGGUACCAUUGCAGUUUCUAUAUAGGAGCUGAUGUUAUUUAGACCAGUUCAAAUCACAUUCACCAAAACCUCCAUUUAGAAGUAUACUGCAAAGCAAAUAAAUAACUUCCCAAGUAUACUACUCAAUGUAAGCAAACAAUGUAGAUAUGAAUAUUCUCAGUUCAAGUCCUGUCUGUUGAUGUUGAGAGGUCUUACAUAGAGGCCUGAAAUCUAGUGUAGCAAAUGAACACCAGUGUGUUCACCUGAAAUCUGUUUCACCUGCACUGCAACAUGUUUCUUUUUGUAUUGAAAAAUUACUGUUGAAUUAAACUCCUCAUUGA